CAUGCGCCUUUUAUAAACUGUCCACCAUAGACUUGGAGGAACCGUUGUGGCCAGUAUUGGCGCGCAGCAUAGAACUCUAUAUUUAGAAGAGCCCUUAAGCUAACGUCUUAUUGGAAUGCAGGCGCCGUUAAUCCACUAGGGUUGUCGUGAAUCGUGCCUGUAAAUAAACACAGAGUUUUGCGGGUCUGGGCCUACAGCGCGAAACUGCAAAGACUUCCUUGUCCUGAUCUUUUUCUUGACUCGGCGCCACAAAUAGAGGACGGCGGCCGUGGAGACGUGAGAGAAGUCUGCUUAUGGAUUUUAUUCAGGCGGAUGGUUAGGCAGCUUCCUAGAGGAAACUGAGAAUGGGCCCUUGUUUGAGGAGGAAGGCCCCCAGAAACAGGAAAAAAAGCAGAGUGGGAAAGGGGAACGUAGAAAAAGAGCCGGAAGCGGAGAUGACAGAGGUGUCUAAGGAGGAAUCGGGCUCUUGAGGAAUCAAGAAGUGAACGUGGAAGAUUUCACCGGAGACGGGAGGCUGCUCCGUAGAGGAGCAUCGUCAGUUACUCUAGAGGAGGGCUUGAAACCUGUGGCCCUCCAGAUAUUGUUGGACUCGGUAGUCUCAGCCAGCUUGGCCAAUGGUCAGGGAUUGUGGGAGUUGUAGUCCUGCCACAUCUGGAGGGCUAUGGGUUCCCCGCUCUGGUCUAGAGUGAAAAGCGGUGGAAGAGGAAGCAAUGGCUGAACCUUCUACAGUUAGUAAGCCACUAUUGACUGAGCAACUUCUUACAAAGGUGUCAGACUUCAAUGGGCUUGAUGUGUCAGCACCCCAGGAGCAUCUACCAAUCUGUAAGUCAGAACCUAUCUGUGUGGAGGAGGAGGAGAGCCCCACAGCAGUGCCACCUGUCUGCCCAAGUACACAUGGCAAAGGCAAAGAAUCCCCUAGCAAUAGUGCAAUAUACAGCCUGGGUGCCAAUCAGUGUUUUCACUGCCUCAUUACCUUCCCGGAUGAGAAGUUCAAGGAACGGCACAUGAAGCGGGAGCACCCAGAGGACUUUGUUCAGGCCAAUCUGCGCGAUGCCCUUUUUGUCUGCUUCAUUUGCAACAAGGCGUUUGAGAGUUCUCGUGCACUUAUCUGCCACCAGCGGGGCCAUGCGCCAGCCCCGCCCUCUGACUGCACUGACUGCUUGCGCCCUACCUUUGACUGUCCCGACUGUGGUCGCCGUUUCGGUCAGUUGGCCAACUACCAGCGCCACCGCCUGGGCCAUGCUGCUGGCCACAGCUUGCCUCACCAGUGCCCAGACUGUGGCAAAAGCUUCCGACAGCUUUCAAACCUGCGUCGGCACCAAGCUUUCCACCAGCAGACCCAGGAGUUGCUGCCCUCCCGCCCCUAUUCCUGCAUGGAGUGUGGGGAGAGCUUUAACCAGGAGGCUGGGCUGCAUGAACACUACAUCCGCCAUGCCCGUGGGGAGCUCUAGUAAAAGCUGUAGCUAUGUGCCUUGACUCCCUGGGUCCAGGUGGAGGCAGAAAGAUGGCAGGCAUUGAUUUGUGAGAUGCAAAGCCAGAAUGAGACAAGGAACAGGACUGAAGGGUUGUUUUAGGUUGGGAAAUGGAGGUGGAGAAACCCUUGUUUUCAGGACGUGCUGCUUCUGGCUUUGUUCCAGUCAGGAGGAAUGGCUGGUUCAGAGAAACACGUAAAGAAGCAUUUUCCUGAUAGGAAGCAAUUCCUCCCAAGAGUGAGGAUAACUGAAGAACUGAGGGUGGGAAUAUUCUCUUCUAGGGAAUGCUGACUUCCAUCUCGUUUCUCGUCAGUGUUGCUGCCGUUCAAAGGGCUGGGAAGCUCCCACCACUUAUUUCUCUUUUUGCCUUUUUUGGAUGCUCAGCUGCCAUGAAGGUCACAUUUUUUGCACACACACACCCUACAAAAAAACGGUUGGGGUAUCUGCAGGGAACACAUUUGCCUCAUGCAGAAGGUGGGGAAGAGUUAUCCGCCUGAAGGUGCAUAGAGGAAGCUAAAUAAGGUGGUAUUAUCUUUGUGUCUUGAGUGAACUGCGCACACACAUCAUUUUAUAGGGAGACAAGCAGUUAACUGAAGAGAUACUCUGCUUUUGUUUUCAAAGCAAAUCUAUUUAGCUUCAUUGCUAUAUACAGAGGCUUGAAACUAUGUUAUAGGCAACGUGCUUCUUAGUGAUAGGGUGGCAGCCAGAGGGUGGUGACGCUGGGCAGGUGCCAAGUGCUCUGCUUAGCUCUUUGUCCUGUCCACCUUAAAAUGAACAAAUUCUGUAAGAGAUGGGGACAUUUGCAUGGUCUGAAUAUAAUAUCCAGCUGCAAAAUCCCGGGUAUCUUAAAGUUCAGGAUACUGCUGCAGAGUUCCAACUAGUUUUUUUAAAAAGGUCCGAAGUAUAUACACAGCUUUGGUCUGUGGUUUUAAGCUAACUUCUUCAGUUGCGAGUAUCCCUGACACUGAUUGGAUCCUGUUCUGAAGUAAAGGUCUGGCUGAUUGUCCACAUAGCUGUGGAAGGGAAUUUAUAGUAGGAGGCAUCUCUUGAAUGUCUCUCUAGACCAGGAGUGGGGAAUCUUUUUUCCAUUGACUGUUGCAUUCCCUUGGGGGCCAGGACCAAAAGUGGGCAGGGCCACCCCCUCCCCCACCUAUCAGGCUGCUGGGGGAGGGACAGAUCGUGUUUCUGAGAGAUCUGUACUGAUUGCUUGCAGAGUCUUCCCCCUAUCCCAACACUCAUCAAUUUUGGCUGUCCCGUUUCCCCCCCCUUCUCUUCCUCUGGACUCCCCCCUACCUUCUGCAUAACAUAGUAGGCUGAAGUCCCCUAGGUGCCUACCCUUGAUGUAGACACACCCAUUUAUGGGGAGGUACUCAUUUUUCUUCCUUGGUCAUGGGGAAAUUGGAAUUAUAAUUCAGAUCAGUCUGAAAUAGGGCUUUUUUUAGUGCUGCAUUUUUGCCUAAGGAGACUCUUAAUUUUUUUUACAUCUCUGUCUCCGAGAUAUCUCCCCUGCUCCUUUUUAGGCCUUUCUCUUACAUGUGGUCCACCCCAUUUCAACUGGCGAUACAUGGUUGGAAAAACAUGAAAUACCUUUUCAUGCCCCAGAAAAUGGCAAGGACAGAAUCUGCUUAGAAGCAAAUCACUUGUUUAUCCCAGGGAAUGCUAACCAUAUUGGGCCCUUGGGCACAUUUGCAAACUGGAGACACUGUCUGGGCACCCCGCGCAACUAAGCACACGCUGCAACCUAGUCUGUUGCCUACUAUAGAAAACUUCUUUCAAGCCUAAUUUCAGCAGGGGCAGGGGACCCUGCGGAUGCCAAGGAAAACUGUGGGCCUCACAUUGGCAACCUGUCUGGAUAUCAGUUGGUUAAGUCAGGUUAACCCGAUUCUUUCGUUCUCCAGGAGCACCUGCACCCUCUGAACAAAUCACGUUUUAAUGGAGGGAUGUACUAUAUAUGGACUCCUGAGUUAUUUAAUUUUUAAGAAGCCAGGCUUCUAGUCCUCAUGAAUGCAGAGGUUUGUAAAUGAGAGCGAAAGGACAAGAACAGGUGUGGUGAACCUUUUGCAACCCAAGAGCCCCAUUCCUUCAUGAGAAACCUGGGGGCCACCUAUCAGUGGUGGGUGGGGCCAGAGGUAAAAAGUAGGCAGAGCAACGGGUGGGACUCUUACCUUUGUGCUGCAGGCUACAUUCCAGCCGUGCAAAAGCUGGGUUUCUUACCCCCUGCGCUUGGACACCCAUCUCUUCUCUUCAUGCAAGCAAGCAAACAUCACAGUUGAAGCACAUAUUCCAGCUGGCCAAAUGCAUUUGAGGGUAUGGAGCAGGGAUGCUGAAGGAUGUUGGGGGGGUGGCCUGGGGAGAUUCCCAAUAAGAUUCCUUUGGAGAUUGAGCCCCUGGAGUAGAGGAUGUGGAUUAAGGAGGCAACUUCUGAGUCGAGCACUCUCGUGGCUUACGCAUGUUGAGUCCAGCAAUUUCAGCGUGUUGUAGAAGGGCAGUGGGACCAUCACAUGCAUUUUGGCAUAUGGACUGAUGUGAAUCACCCGGAUCUAUGUUAUAUCUCUUGCAUCUUCUGACACUUUGGUCUUGUAUACUCACGGUGCACAAGUUUCCUUUUACACUGUGAGGAAAUGCAUAGGAAGCUGCCUUGUACUGAAUUGGACCGUUGCUCCACCUAGCUCAGUAUUGUCUACACUGACUGGCGGCAGCUCUCAAAGGUUCCUGGCAGGGAAUCUCUCUCAACUCUACCUGGAGAUGACAGGGAUUGAACCUGGGAUCUCCUGCACACAGAGCAGAUGAUGUACCACUGAGCUAUGGCCCUUCCUCAAAUGCAUGUUGCAUCACUUUGGGUGUAUUGGUAUAAGUCCUCUGGAAAUUGAGGUUUCCCAAGGGGAUCACUCAGCACCCUUACCAUACUACAUUCUCUGGCGUAGAAGUCUGAAACCAUAGCGUGUAGAAGGAAAUGGUGGUGAAGUCUAGUUCUUAAAGUUUGCUGCCCAAGCAUGAAACAGAUUACUUUCUCUCUUGGCCAGUCUGAAGCAUUAGAAACAUAUCCCUACGCUAUCUAGUGGGUAGCAUUCCUAAAUAGGAAUUUUAAACUGAGUCUUCCAUAUCCAAGUCUCCUAACACUACCAAAUGAAUCUCCCUUACUGAGUCAGACCAUUGGUUUGUUCGACCCAGUACUCUUUACCACCAGCUGACAUUAAGAGAAUGUUCCCAAAUCUCAGAUCCUUUUAAACUGUGGAUAGACUGAGAAGUUCUGUAUGUAAAACAUGAUCUACAACCAAGCUAUCAUCCCCCCCCCCAAAACUUAAACCUUGAUGGAUCAUGUUGACUGGCUUUUGCUAGCCCAGAUACACACCAGAAGUCAAUUCCUGACCUCUUUGAUGUUCUGUUAAGAUGACCCUGUUUUUAUCUUCAGGAAAGGAUAUUUCCCCCCAUUUUUCACUAACGUAACUCCAGUAGCAGUGGUUAAAGAUGGAUCUUCCUAUUCAAGUGAAAUGUGUAUGAGUACAUGUGUGGAGGGGUGUAGAGAGAGCUGUGUUGCCAUUUGCAGCUCAUUGCCAUUAUUUUGUGCUAUAAGGGCUACACAAGCACUCCUGUGCUAGAGCAUAGCAGAAAGCUGUUUCAGGAUAAAAUAAAACUGAAAAAUAUUAAGAAUUACUUGUGUGCACACAUGGCACGAUGAGUUGUUGCUCUUUACUCAUUGAUAACACAGGAGCUAGCCAACAAGUGCCUGACAUCUCUCAGCCACUUUCCAUACAAUGCACUCAACCACAAAGGAUGUUUUAGGUAGAGGAAAACACUUAGCAACAAAAUGAGUCUUGAAAGCAAGGAAUUGCGCUAUGCCCAUAAUACAGGAGCUACUCAAAGUAUGUGGCUUCCUUUUUACAAAUUUCACACACACACACACCCGAUCUACACAUACACAGCAUCUGUUGGCUUGUUAAAUGUUUCCUUGAUGGCACCCAAAGCUUAUGAACAUAAGAUCACAAGUACUCAAAUGAAACAAAAAUAAAAGAUUGAUGUUCACCAACAAGAAAUGACGUUUGGUUUUGUACGAAGUAGGAGGAAAAUAAGACCAGC